AUGCGUGUGCGCAGGCAGCAGGGGCGCGCUAGUAGCGGGCGCGCGCAGGCAGCAAGGGCGAGCAGGCAGCAGGUGCGCGCAGGCAGCAGGGGCCCGGAGGCAGUAGGGCGCGCGGGCAGCAGGGCGCGUGGGUUGCAGGCGGUAGGGGCGCACGCACAACAGGCGCGCGCGGGCGGCAGGCGCGUGCGGGCAGCAGUGGCCCACGGGCAGCAGGGCGUGCGGGCAGUAGGGCGCGUGGGCAGCAGGGGCGCGCAGGCAGCAGGGCGCGCAGGCAACAGGCGCGCGCAGGCAGCAGGCGCGCGCGGGCGGCAGUGA